AUGUCCCCAAAACAAGAAGAAAAGGAUUUUAACAAUUUAGCCAGUGUUAAAGAAAAAAUUAGAACUCUUUGUUUUAUUCAACAAGGCUAUACUGGUAAAGUAGUAAUAGAGAACUUUCCUGAUUUAACUCAGUUGAAUUUAGGUAAUAAUGAAUUAGAAGAGAUCAUUAUUCACAAUUGCCCUGAUUUAAAAUUAGUUCAAGUAGCUCACAAUAAACUUACUAAGUUAAAGAUAGAGAACUGUCCAAAUGUUCAAGAAAACUAUACUCAUAAUAACCAAUUAACUAAAAAUGAAGUGGAAAAACUAGAUCUUAGCAGUUUAGGAUUACAAGGAGAAUUAAACUUGGAAGGAUUUACUAAUUUAAAGAGUUUAGAUUGUAGUGAUAAUGAACUAACCAAUUUGGAUAAGUGUGAGAAAUUGGAAUAUUUAGAUUAUUUCACUGGUCUAAGUAAUUUACAUACUUUAAUGAUAACAUCUAAUGAACUAGAAGAAGUUGAUUUAAGUGACUUAACUAGUUUAAAAAGUUUAAAUUGUGGUUUGAAUAAUAUAGAUGCUUUAGAUUUAAGUAAUAACUUAGAAAUAGAAAUUGGUUGUGAAAAUUUGGUAACACUAGAUUAUGCUGAGAACAGUUUAACAGAAUUAGAUAUUAGCAACUUAAAAAACUUAGAUGUUGGAAUAGAUAAAAAAGAAGUUCCAGAGUUUGAACAAUUCUUACAAGAAAAAAGAGAUAAACCAAUCAAAGAAAUCUUGGCUAAUCCCAAUAAUUACUCUCUUGAAGAUAUUCUCAAAUUAGAAGAGAAAGAGUUAAAAGAAAAGUUAGUUGAACUAGCAACUAAAAAACAUGAAGAAAUAAGAUUACAAAAAGAAAGGGAGUUCAUGGAUAAAUUAAGAAAGAGAAAAAGAUAG